AUGAAGAAGCAAUCAUUCUACGUGUGGUUCUUGGGAGCCCAAGAGGCUCGUGGAGCCCAAGAUGACCGCUUUGUUCGUCCAGUGCUCAAGUACCUACUGGAUCGAGAGAAAGAACUCGAACCUACGAAAGUGACGCUACAGGUGAGCUGCAAAGGACUGAAAAUCGUUCAGAACAUCAUCCGCUCCAAGACUUCGAAAAAAGAUCAGAUGAAACACCUGAUCCCGCCGCACUCCGUUGCAUGGGUGAUGCGGGCAGAGCCUCCUCAUGAAGACAUUGUCUGUUGCACCCUGCUCAUCCAGAAUCCUGUUACGAAAUGUCCCGUGCAUAUUCAUGCUUAUCGAUGUGAUUCAGUGGAAACCGCACGUUCACUUCGGUACCAGCUGACACAACUGAUGGCUGAAGCUCAGAAAAGUUCUGAGUUAAAGAAUCUGUCAAGUACGGAUGUUCUCCAGUCUGGAUUCUCUCCACAUGGGUUACGACCGCCCCGUGUGUCCAAUCCGACCAAUGGAUCUUGCCAGAGACGCAUCGGUUCCGAUGGGAGGAGCACACGCACAGACGAAGAAGAUCCUGACUUCGAAGGAGACGCCGAGGAUGAAAUCUCGAGAAACGACGAAGACUACGGUGGCUCGGCUGAGAACGUGUUCAAUAUAGCCCGUUCGAUGCGCGGACUAUCGACGGCAGAAAUCCGCGAAAAAUCAGCGCGUUUGCAUGAGGAGCCCGAUAAUUUCGCAGUGACGCCCCCGCCGGAUUCUCGUGUGGUCCGCCUGUACGACUCUCUCGCGCAGGAACUGAAAGCGAAAUUAGCCGGGACGAAUCAUGGCCUGCAAACUAAAACUCAAAAACCUCCGCUCCUCCUGCCCCCGAAAGACUAUGACACAGUUUGUCGCAAGCAAGGCAAUUUGUUGGGCAUAGACUUCCGGCGAUCGACUAAUCAAAACAUUGUUGGACGUACGAACCCUUCCGACGAGUCUGCUCAAUCUGCUGACGAGUCUGCGCUGCCAAAGACGGACCAUGAAGGAAAAUUCCCGACCGUAGCGUCGCCCCAGCGCAAGAGCUCGUCCGGGGUGGGAUCGGAGGAAAUUCCAUUCGCGUCCCGCAGCUCGAAACAUCACUUGGACCAAGAGGCUACGGUCGAGACCUCAGACGACGAAUGGAAUUACAGAGCGGCGGAGCGAUAUGGAAUUCACCCCGAUGGAAAACAGAGAACACGUCACAGAUCCAUGGAUUUCCUCCAGCAACGCUUGGAUCACUUCCAUAUGGGUGAAACAAGACGCACAACCUCAUCUCAAGCCGAGAAACACCGAGAAGAAACGUCCACUUCGCUGGAGCCGAGGUCCCACUCGAAACCUACUUCGCAUGCAUCUGCAUCAAUGACCUAUUUCGGACAACAUGGACCACAGCCAUUGCGGUCAUUGGGUAAUAGCAAUUAUCACGAUGUCGCUGUCCCCCAAAAUCUACCUCAGCCCGCAUCCUACGUGGGAUCGGGCUCAAGCUCUCUCCAAUUGGUAACUGAAGUGAAGAAAGGAGGUGAAGCGGGCCGCACCGCUAGAGCCCACGAGAGACCCAUCUCAUUCCCGACUGGUGUGAUACCAGUGAGACGAGACAUACCGCUGACCCAGGUGCCAACACGCUCCGGAUUCCAUCAGCAUCCGAUGAAGGAAUCGAUCAUAGAGCCUGUAAUCAAUCAGCAGCACAAGAGACGUCUUGGUCCGGGAACGCGAGUCCCGUUCGAACAAUCGUUGCUGCUCCUCCCGCCCCGGAAGCCCGUUCUUGAGAGAGAUCCCAUCGAGCCUAAAGCACCGCACCUUGCACAAAGACUGCGUUCUCCGACGAAUGUGAUGGGCUUCUCCCCGGAGAAUAUCAAACCGCGUUGUGAAAGACAACCGGACUACAGGCGACAGUCACUCGCUGAGUUUGGGGAAGGACCAACGUCUCACAUCAGACGGAAUCCAUUGGCCAAAUACCUCAGCAGCUCUCUCGAAAGACGAGCAUACGGCAGCCGUUACAGCGUAGCGGAGUCCCAUGGUCAUAGACUAUACUGA